GGCCCUGGCCCUCUCCUCAGCAGCUCAGGAGAAGAGUGGGGGAAGGCAAGGCGGCUUCCUCUGGCAGCGGGAUGUUCAGGAGCUGCAGUGCCUGGUUCUCCCAAAGCGUCAGCCGGGAUCUCUGUGACUUCUGGGUGGCUGAAGGAGGAGUGAUCACAAAUCAUCAUGAUGCCGAUUACCUGUUCAGUAGCGAUGCCUCAUGCCCUGAUACACAGAGAAUUCACAAGAGCUGUGAUUAUAUUGAUGGAAAAGCUACUGUAUUUCACUCCUGUUAUCUCUCUGCAAAUACCAGCUCUGAAAUGAAGCAGACAGUGCUUUUAGGUCACUUCAUCCUUCCUCCUGCCUGCUUGCAAGAAGAAAUUAAAAGAAAAAUUGGUAGUUUUAUAUGGGAACAGAUGAAUAAUUCCCAGAUAGAACAGCUUGAAAUAUUGACACCAGCUGAAAUAAAAACUGUUGGGGAAGAGAAGGAGCAAAGAAUAAGGGGCAAAAGAGACCUGACUAGAAGUAUAGAAAAACCAGUCACAAGAAAGCCAGCAGGAGAGAAGCUAUCAUGCUAUCCACUACAAGACUACCCAGUGAACAACAUGGUGACAGGUCAUGUCCCUGCUAGUGAGAUGAGGAAGUAUGUUGGAGAACUACGCGAUUUCAUUCCAGGCACUUCAGAUUAUGUGGCCUAUUGGGUUCAAGAUGAAAUUAAUAUUUUCUCUGAUGUGAAAAAUAAAUUGAAAAGAAAAUUAUAAAUGACAGAGAUAAAAUGUGGGAUUUUGGGUUGUCAACAAUGUUAUCAAAUAUAUGUGUGUCCAUUCUGGUUGACAUCAUCUUUAGUGUUUUAAAUGCCUACUUUUUUUCUCUCUGUUAAUUGAUUACUCUGAAUUUCACCAAAAUGACACUCAACAUUUUGUUAGGUUGGGAAUUGAAGGUGGAGGUCUGUGAAUUCUAAUUUGAAUUUCUAUUUCUUUUGGCAUUUUUCAGCUAACCCAGGCUAGUUUACUUAGGUUGAUUCACCCUCAGUGUGCCAUAAUUUAUUGGAUGCUCAUAACAUUUGAACAAACUGGUUAUAUUUGCUGUUGAAAAUCUUC